ACGUCACGGCACGGUCGAAGUAAACAAACAACGUCGCGAAGGCCAAUUUUGAUGUGGUGGUGGUGCGUGUGACGAUCCCCUAAUUUGGUUAAAAUGAACGCUAAUCGGCCGGCUUCCGUUCGGUCCACGCUAUUGUGCGCGUAGUGCGACCGCUCAACUGUGCAUUGUGAAUGGAGAAAUGAUUAGUUCCUAUUAAAACCCCGUGGGCAGCUACUUGCAUGGAGUAUCGUUCAUCUCACCCCCCACUCCACACCAUCAUCCGUCCUGGAACGUGUAACGCAUCGUAGAAGUGUGCAUUGGGUAGCGUCAUCACACCGGCAACGUACAACCGUAUUACACCAGCAUCAUGAAUCAAGAAGUUCGCUUUCGUCGUAAGCACGUGAUAAUAUUCCUGUCCAUCGUCGGAAUCCUGUUCAUCUACUCGCUAAGUUCCAGCCGGGACUGUACGGGAAGUGAGCAGUUCUCAAGGUCAAAGCUGGAUGGAGCUGAAUCUUGGGAAGCUGGUCAAGGACGCGACGCCUUUCUGCCCAAUCGAAAGGGUCCAACGAUCUACGCGGUAACGCCGACCUACGCGAGGCCCGUGCAGAAGGCCGAACUAACACGCCUUUCGCAGGUCAUCCGUUUGGUGCCAAACGUGUUCUGGGUGAUAGUGGAGGACGCAUCGCAAACGUCCACCCUGGUCACCAAUCUGCUCCGGCGAAGCGGUUUGCAGGAGCGCAGCGUACAACUGUUUGCCAAAACACCGACCAAUUUUAAGCUGCAAGGCAAAGAUCCAAACUGGCUCAAGCCACGUGGCGUGGAGCAGCGCAAUGAAGCGCUCAAGUGGAUACGGAACCGGUUGAAGCAUAAUGCCCUUGGUGAGCCGGAGUCCCCCAGUCACUCGAUCGUUUACUUUAUGGACGAUGAUAAUACGUACAGCACGGAGCUGUUUGAAGAAAUGUCAACAAUUGAACGGAGCAAGGUUGGCGUUUGGCCCGUCGGUCUGGUUGGCGGGCUGAUGGUAGAGAAGCCCGUGCUGAACCGGGACGGUUUGGUGCUUGGGUUUAACAGUGCCUGGAAACCGGAACGUCCGUUCCCGCUCGAUAUGGCCGGGUUUGCAAUCAGCUCCGAUCUGCUGUUGGAAAACCCGCAGGCCCAGUUCAGCUACGAAGUCGAACGUGGCUACCAGGAGAGUGAAAUCCUGCGCCAUCUCACGAUCGUACAUGACAUGCAGCCGCUCGCGAACCGGUGCAAGGAUGUGCUGGUAUGGCACACCCGCACCGAAACGCCGAAGCUCGACGCGGAGAAGGCACUGCAAAAGAGUGGCAAGAAAUCGAACGACGGCAUGGAGGUGUAAGACAGACAGACGGUAGAAGGCGCAUGCAACCUACGGUAAGCGUCUUAUGCGCCCAAUGGCACGCUAACUUGGUGAUGGUAGUAGAUACAGGGUUUUCAAUGAUAUUAUUGACGUGUUCAGCGAGUUGUUGAUUCGUUCGGGCAUAUAAUUGACACUUUCAGCGAGAUAUUGAAUUGUUCGGAAGCAGGCGUUGACAAGUUCGGCGAUACUAUAGAGCUGUCACUUUCGUACCCCUUGGACUGCAGCUUGGAUCAUUCUCAUCAGAAAGUAAACAUACGGUUUUCGUAAAAAUAUGUUUGUUUUAACUAAUUCAUGAAUUAAACAGCUUGGAGAAUGAUUAUUAGCUACUUUUAGGACUUUUCAGAAUGAAAAAUUGAACCCUGCGGCACAGUGUGUAAACAAAACAAAUGACAACACUACACAAUUGCUGAACUUGUCAACGCCUGCUUACGAACAAUUCAAUAUCUCGCUGAAAGUGUCAAUUAUAUGCCCGAACGAAUCAACAACUCGCUGAACAUGUCAAUAAUAUCAUUGAAAACCCUGUAAGCUAGGUUAAGAUCCCCUCGACACCACAGUAGUGUAAGGAACAGGUAAACAUUGUGGACCACAGCAACUCGUUUUUUAAAUGUAUGGCGUGCAGCUAAAAUGUUAGAAAUUUCAACCUAUUUAAUUUAUUUCAACUCACACAACUCGACGAGAUAUUGCACUCUUUAUUAGCAACUGGUUAGUUGGCGCCAAAGGCGAACAUUUGUCGGCGAGUAAUGAUGAUCAAAUUAGGUGUGAUUAAAGCCAAGCCGAAAACGACUCAUUUUAAUUAAGAGAUGAAACCAU